AUGUCGUGCCGCUCCUUCCAGCAGGGUUCCAGGUGUGGCAGCCGGAGCUUCAGCUCGUGCUCAGCUGUCCUUCCCCGGAUGGUCACCCACUACGCAGUGAGCCAGGGGCCGUGCCGGCCCGGGGGUGGGGGGGGCCUCCGUGCCCUGGGCUGUCUGGGCUCCCGGAGUCUGUGCAACGUGGGCUUCGGGAGGCCCCGGGUUGCCUCCAGGUGUGGCCUGCCUGGCUUCGGCUACCGCACGGGGGCCGCCUGUGGGCCCUCAGCCUGCAUCGCCCCCGUCACCAUCAACGAGAGCCUGCUGGUCCCGCUCGAGCUGGAGAUCGACCCGGCCGUGCAGAGGGUGAAGACGGAUGAGAAGGAGCAGAUCAAGUGCCUGAAUAGCCGCUUUGCAUCCUUCAUCAACAAGGUGCGAUUCCUGGAGCAGAAGAACAAGCUGCUGGAGACCAAGUGGAACUUCAUGCAGCAACAGAGGUGCUGCCAGAGCAAUAUAGAGCCCAUCUUCGAGAACUACAUCAGCACCCUGCGGAGGCAGCUGGACUUUGUGGCAGGGGACCGGGCCAGGCUAGAGUCAGAGCUCGGCAGCCUGCAGGACACGCUGGAAAGCUACAAGAAAAAGUACGAAGAGGAACUCUCCUUGCGGCCUUGUGCUGAGAACGAGUUUGUCGCCUUGAAGAAGGACGUGGACACAGCCUUCCUGAUAAAGGCUGAUCUGGAGACCAACGUGGAGGCUCUGCUCCAGGAGAUCGACUUCCUGAAAGGCCUGUAUGAGGAGGAGAUCUACCUGCUGCAGUCUCAGAUCUCAGAGACCUCCGUCACUGUGAAGAUGGACAACAGCCGGGAGCUGGAUGUGAAUGGCAUCGUGGCUGAGAUCAAGGCCCAGUAUGACGACAUCGCCAGCCGCAGCAAAGCCGAAGCCGAGGCCUGGUACCAGAGCCGGUAUGAGGAGCUGCGGCUGACAGCGGGGACCCACUGUGACAAUCUCCGCAACCGUAAGAACGAGAUCCUGGAAAUGAACAAGCUGAUCCAGCGGCUUCAGCAAGAAACUGAGACCGUGAAAGCCCAGCGCUGCAAGCUGGAGGCCGCGGUGACCCAGGCAGAGCAGCAGGGCGAGGUGGCCCUCAGUGACGCCAAGUGCAAGCUGGCAGGGCUGGAAGAGGCCUUGCAGAAGGCCAAGCAGGACAUGGCCUGCCUGCUCAAGGAGUACCAGGAGGUGAUGAACUCCAAGCUGGGCCUGGACAUCGAGAUCGCCACCUACAGGCGGCUGCUGGAGGGCGAGGAGCACAGGCUGUGUGAAGGCAUUGGGCCGGUGAAUAUCUCCGUGAGCAGCUCCAAAGGCGCGGUCCUCUACGAGCCGUGUGUGGUCAACACACCCGUGCUGAGGACUGAAUACUGCCCGGGGGGCACCAGUGUCCUCAAGAGCAGCGGGGGCUGCAGCGUCGUGGGCACCGGUGAACUCUACAUCCCCUGCGAGCCCCAGGGGCUACUGGGCUGUGUGAGCGGGAGGAGUUCUGGCAUGAAGCUGGGGGCUGGGUGCGGCUCCUCCUGCCACAAGUGUUAGCAUUGCCCCAGAAGCUGCAAGCCCAGUGACAGGGCGCUAGCCCCCAGCCUGGAUGUUGUCCACCGAUCAGCUGAAGACAAGGAUAUUCCUAAACCCCUUCCUGUAUUGACCACACGUUUCCCUCCUGUUUUCACACUGGAAGCCGCCCCUUGGGUAUCUUUAAGGGUCACCUUUCACUUGGCUAUGUGCAGAACCUCAGCUAGGCCUUGGGGGUGGACACAUUAAAGUUCUGCUUUGUGGACUAUCCCCUGGAAGAUUCCCUACAAAGCCAGUCUCCCACCCCCUACCCCUGGA